AUGGGCUUUCCAGACCUGAUGGGCUCCUCGACAGCCCAUCGCGGCGCGCGAAAGAGCAAUAAAGUCCCGGCCGCAAACACUCCCCUCGAGAUGACACCGGCAGCUAGAACUCCAAAGGAUGCUGUCAGCCAUGCUCUUCCAGAGUAUAUCGCAGAAGAGGAACAUCUGAGGCCCCUUGGCGAGACAGCACCCGACCUGCGAGAGCUGAAUGCCUGUCUCGACGCACUGGCAGCCGUCUUCCCCGACAUCCAAAUCGAAGUAUUCCGAGAACUGUUGACCAACUUUGACGGAGAAUCUAGGCUUGCUCUCGCUGCCGACGCUUUGCUCAAGAAUCGUGCCGUCUGGGUGAAAGGCCGCUGGAGGAUUGACAAGGACGGACCAGGCGGCAUGGCUGCCAAAGAGCACCAGCAAAGGCCCGGCCAGAAUGCCGCAGAUAUCAAUCGAGGGUUCGAGCGCGUGCCACCGACCGAAGUCUUUAGAAGCCAUGAGUACAGAGCUGCCGUGGAGAAUCUGGGUCUGCAGGAAUUCAAAGGCUUGCAGCGAUCAACCAUCAAAGCCGUCCUGGCUGAGCAUAACUACUCCUACCUAGAAGCCCGAGAGACUCUCGUGGGGUUGGCAUCCAAGUCGUGGCGCUUCACUAUCUCUUCCUUAUUCCGGGGACGCAAAGUUAUCUCGGCUGCUGUGGCGGCCCAACACCCCCUGAUCAUCUAUAAAUCAACUGGCCAAGGGUCUAUCGUCCCGACUAUCAAGUCUACCGGAAGCGCUGAGCUCGACAGGGAGCUGUAUGAUGCCCUUAUUGUGCCACUGAAAACGAAGCAGCGAGCUGAACGCGAAGCAAAGGAUCACGAGUUGGCCGUAGCCAUGAACAACGCCGAAGCCGAGGAGACAGACAAUCUGCUGGAGUGCGUUUGCUGCUAUACCGAGUCUGUCUUCGAGGAGUUCACUUCUUGUAGUGCAAACGGGCACAUGAUCUGCUUUCGUUGUGUACAGCACACACUCACAGAAGCCAUCUUUGGCCAAGGUUGGCAGCGCAGCAUUGACCCAAACACAGGAACCCUCCGGUGCCCAGCCGCCGAAUCAACAGAGUGUGCCGGAUGCAUUCCAUCACAUCACUUACACCGGGCGCUGAUGGAAGAUAAGACCGGCCCUGAGAAGCUUCACAAACUUGACCAGCGACUCGCCGAUAAUUCUCUGGUUGCGACCGGUCUGCCGAUAAUCCACUGCCCCUUUUGCUCCUACGCCGAGGUAGACGAUAUUUACCACCCUGAGACUGAAACUCAGCUCAGGCCCCGUUCUGUCAACAUCUGGAAUAUCAUCCUUGUCGUCGCAUGCCUCUUCACCGUCCCCUUCCUGGCCCCGCUGGCUCUUCUGAUGGCUUUUAUCAUAUUCCUGCUCUUCAUCUCCCACCAAACCUUCGGCACCAGCGUCAUGGCUGAGCUCCGCGCUGCUCGUCAACGCCAACGCCGCCGCCGUCGCGGUCUCCGCUUUAUGUGCCAGAACCCUCUCUGCGGCCGCGCCUCCUGUCUGCUGUGCAACAAGGCGUGGAAGGAUGUUCAUGUAUGCAAUGAGUCCAGCCUUGUCGCUCUCCGAACGCAGGUGGAGCAGGCAAUGAGCUUGGCCAUCAAACGGGUCUGUCCCAAAUGCAACACUGGGUUUGUCAAGACCUCGGGCUGCAACAAGCUGACCUGCCCGUGCGGGUACAAGAUGUGCUACGUCUGCCGCAAGGACAUUGGGAACGGCGCGUCGACGCAAGAUGUCGGCUAUCAACAUUUUUGUCAGCAUUUCCGGCCACAGGGCGAUGGGACAAAAUGCAAAGAAUGCACAAAGUGUAAUUUGUGGGAAAAAGAGGACGAGGAGGCGGUGCUGGACGCUGCGAGGAAGGAGGCAGAAAGGAAAUGGAUGGAAGCGGAAAAGAGGGAGCUCUCUGGACCAGAGCAGACAUACUUGACCGAGGGGGUGGCGGUGAACUCAACGAGGAUGGGGGCUGUGGUCUUGGGGGACUUGCUGAAACGUGGGAGAUGGCCCACAAUGGGGGAGGUUUGUGAUGUUAUGGUUGAGCAGUUUUUGAACCCUUGA